AGAAGAAAAAAGAAAAAAAGAAAACCCGAAACAGUUCAUUGUUUUCUGGACUUUAACAGAACAUAGUAACUCUCUCUUCACUCCCAGCCUCGACUCAACUUUCUGUGGUGUCUCUCUGGUUACUUCAUUUCCACAAGCGAACCAUGUCGAUUGUCGCGGAGGCUGCUUUAUCCUCUUUCUUUGAUUUGCUGUUUUACAAGUUAAGCUCCUCUGACUUGUUGAAGAUCUUUCGGCAAGAGAACGUUGAUGCUGACCUCAAGAAGUGGGCAAUAACGUUGUGGAAAAUCCGUGCAGUUCUGGCUGAUGCCGAAGAGAAGCAGAUGACAGACGAGUUUGUGAAGAGCUGGCUGGCUGAGCUGCAAGAGUUGGCUUAUGAUGCGGAUGACAUUUUGGACGAGUUUGCUACUGAAGCUUUGCGACGUGAGCUGAAUGCAGAAGAACCCAGCACAAGUACGGUAAUAAGGUUCAUCAGUGAUUGUGUUGGUUUGGAUCGAGAUUUUGUUACGUUGAUGCGGUCCAAGAUUGAAGAUAUUGAUACAAGAAUGCAAAAAAUAGUGAAAGAAAAGAAAGAUCUGGAGUUGAGAGAAAAUACUGGGGGAAGGAUUAUAACAACAAGAUCAAGGCCACCCUCAACUUCUCUGGUGAAUGAAAGUCGUACUUAUGGUAGGGACAAAGAUAAAAAGGAGAUUGUCAAAUUGUUGCUCGAAUCAGGUGAUGCUCAACUCUCUGUGAUUCCCAUAGUUGGUAUGGGUGGGCUGGGGAAGACGACUCUUGCCCAGCUAGUCUACAAAGACGAUGAAGUGAGCCGUUAUUUUGAUUUGAAAGCAUGGGUUUGCGUGUCUGAAGAUUUUGACAUUGUAAGGUUGACAAAAGAAAUUCUAUACUCUAUCACUUUAGAAACUUGCCAUGAUAAUAAUAAUUUAGAAUCACUACAAGGCAAACUGCAGGAGAAAUUAUCCGGGAAGAAAUUCUUGCUCAUCUUGGAUGACGUUUGGAAUGAAAACUAUGAAUUCUGGACUGAACUACGCAAGCCUUUUGAAUCUGGGGCUCUAGGAAGUCAAAUUGUUGUCACAACUCGGAAUGAUGGUGUUUCAUCAACAAUGAGAACUACUCCGGCGCACAAGUUGAGAGAGUUGUCACGUGAUGCUUCUUUACGUGUAUUUACCCACCACGCAUUAGAGGCGACAGAUUUUAGUGAGUAUCCAGAACUUGAAGAAUUUGGUCAAAAAAUUGUAGAUAGGUGCAAGGGGUCACCUUUGGCAGCAAAAGUACUUGGCGGCCUUUUACGCACUAAACACGAUCAUUAUGAGUGGGAACAUGUGUUAAAUAGCAAGAUUUGGGAUAUUCCUCAAGAAAAAAGCAGUAUUUUUUCCGUUCUUAAAUUGAGCUACAACUUUAUUCCUUCUCAUUUAAAGAGGUGUUUUGCCUAUUGUUCACUGUUCCCAAAGGACUAUGAAUUUGAGGAGAAAGAGCUAGUCUUGUUAUGGAUGGCAGAAGGUUUCGUUCAAGAAACAAAAGGAAGGAAGCCAAUGGAAGAUCUUGGUUGUGAGUAUUUUCAUGAUCUACUCAAGAGAUCAUUUUUUCAACAAUCAAGUAGUGAUCCAUCACUCUUUGUCAUGCAUGGCCUCAUGAAUGAAGUAGCUCAAUGGGCAGCAAGAGACUUAUGCUAUAGGUUGGAGGAUCAAUUGGGUGGUAGUAAGCAAUCUGAGAUUUCUACAAAGAAGAGGAAGACGGGAAGACGAUGUUGAUGUUGCCAACAUCUCUCACUACCCUGAGAUUUUAUAAGUUUCCUAAUUUGUUAUUUCUAUCCUGGAAGUUCUUCCAAAACCUUUCGGCACUUGAAGAAAUUAUCAUCUCUGAUUGCCCUAAACUUGCGUCCCUCUCAGAGAAGUGUUUUCCUCCCUCGCUUCAGCGACUUGAUAUUUCUAGUUGUCCUGUGUUGAAACAACACUGCGAGAAAGACAAAGGGAUAAUGUGGUCAAAGAUUGCCAACAUCCCUUCGGUUAGAAUUUCAGAGAGAUCAACAUCCCUUCCAGUGUUGCAGUAAAGGCUAGCUUCAAAACUUGGAGGAGGUUAUAUAUCAUGUUGAGGAACAAUGAUUAGUGGAGAUAUGCACAUAAUGGCAAGAUGGCGUUAAAAAAAGAUAAUGCCUUGCACCGAUGAUCAAAGCACUCUUACCUGUGCUGUAGAUGGCAUGUAUUUCAUAAUAUAGGGCCUGAUAAAGUACUCAAUCUAAAUCAGCCAAAACUAAUCCAGGUCAUUUGUAAAAUAUGUUUUCAGCCACUCUUUGUAAAUUCAGGAAUGUAACCAUAUGGUCAUGAUCUGUCAAGAAGAAAAGGCUGGGAAUCAUUCUCUAAGAAGCUGUAAACCUACUGUGUGCAGUUGGAUACAAUUUGGUGAUGGUCAGGUGUGGCAAGCGUUGAUCUUUGGUGGAGGUGGUGGGUUUGGAGCAAGUGAGGUGCAAGCUUUGUCAGACAAUUUGUGCAGCCUUAUCCUAUGUAUUUGCGAAAGGUGUGGCAGCUGCACUUGUACUUACAAGCAUGCCUGGGGUGUACAGCCUUUGUUGUGGAUCGAAAACAUGAAGCUGUGAGAUACAUGCUGUUAACAUAUUGUUGUGCUGCGUUCCUAAUCUUCUAAGCCCUGGCUUCAUCAAGCUGUUGGCAACUUCCCACUAAUGCUCAUCACCUAGAGGAGCAGCAGCAAUAAUUGUAUAAAACAUAUUUACACAUGUGGGAUGCAUAUUCAAGGCAGUGGACAUAAAAAAUUAGAUAUAGUUUUAAGAGGCAAUGAAACUUUCAAGCAUUUCUUUUCUAA